AUGUCGUCUUCUGCCAACGGCCACCUUGCCAAUGGCAAGUCAGCUCAACCCCCUGUCCAACCCCCGCUGUCCAGCCUGGUGCAAGUCCAGCCCGCCAGGGCCGAAGAUCUCCAGCCCAGCUAUGCCCAGCAGAUCAAGCAUAGCGACGACAACCCAGAUGCCCAUGGCUGGUAUGCCUCGUUUAUUCACGGCAUCGGUGAAUGUAUUGGCUGUCUGGGCGCUGUUCCCUGCUGUGUUUUCUGUCCCAACCCCUUCAAAUCGGUUGCUCAAGGCGAAGUCGGUUUAAUUAGGCGAUUCGGCCGCUUCGAACGUGCUGUCGAUCCAGGUCUUGUCAAAGUUAACCCUUUAAGCGAGAGAUUGACCACCGUGGACGUGAAAAUUCAAAUUGUCGAGGUCCCUCGCCAGGUCUGCAUGACCAAAGAUAAUGUCACCUUGAACUUGACCUCUGUGAUCUAUUACCACAUCAUCUCGCCUCACAAAGCAGCCUUUGGUAUUGCCGAUGUUCGCCAAGCUUUGAUUGAGCGGACGCAAACAACUCUACGCCAUGUUGUGGGUGCGCGUGUCUUGCAAGAUGUAAUCGAGCGCCGCGAGGAGAUCGCCCAGUCAAUAAGCGAAAUAAUCGAAGACGUCGCUGCCGGUUGGGGUGUCAAAGUUGAAUCCAUGUUGAUCAAGGACAUUAUAUUCAGUAAUGAUUUGCAAGAUUCUCUCUCAAUGGCUGCUCAAUCUAAGCGAAUUGGUGAGAGCAAGGUCAUUGCCGCCCGCGCCGAGGUGGAGUCCGCCAAAUUGAUGCGUCAAGCUGCCGACAUUCUUUCUUCUGCUCCGGCCAUGCAAAUCCGCUAUCUAGAGGCCAUGCAAGCCAUGGCUAAAACGGCCAACAGCAAGGUUAUUUUCUUGCCUGCCCCUGGCCAGAUGGUCUCGCAAUCACUUGCAUUGGCAGAUAAUCUCGGCGAAGGACCAAGCAAAUACCAGACUCAGGGUAACACCUGGGAUGCGAACAAUGAGCACGAUGACGGAUUCCAGCGUGCUGUCAAUGCUCGCGUUGUCGAGAACAUCUAA